UCAUACUGUCACCUCUUCUUCCACGGCUCAGUGCACUUCUGAGUUCUGACUGUGUGUGUGUGAGAGAGAGAGAGCAGUAAUGGAUUCCAGAGAGGUGGAGGUUCAUUUAGCUUUAGUACUACUGACGAUGAUGAUGAUGAUGAUAGGUAUUGUGCCGUCGUCGGCGAAGGAGCGGUUAUCUCAUGGAGAAAUCUAUCGACGGAACCUGCUUGCAAAUGGCCUUGGCUUGACUCCACCGAUGGGAUGGAAUAGUUGGAAUCACUUCGAUUGCAACAUCAAUGAGAAGAUCAUCAGAGAAACCGCUGAUGCUCUGGUUUCCACUGGUCUUUCUGACCUUGGUUAUAAAUAUGUUAAUAUAGACGACUGUUGGGCGGAGAUUCAUCGCGAUGACAAGGGCAGAUUAGUGGCUAAGAAUUCAACAUUUCCUUCUGGGAUUAAAGCUCUUGCAGAUUAUGUUCACAACAAAGGUUUAAAACUGGGUAUCUACGGAGAUGCUGGUUAUUUUACAUGUAGCAACUUGAUGCCAGGUUCACUUGGAUAUGAAGAAAAGGAUGCUAAAACCUUUGCUGAAUGGGGUAUUGAUUAUCUCAAGUAUGACAACUGUUAUAACGAUGGCUCGAAACCAACUGUUAGAUACCCGGUUAUGACCAGAGCUUUAAUGAAAGCAGGCCGUCCUAUCUUCCUCUCACUAUGUGAAUGGGGAGAUAUGCAUCCUGCUUUAUGGGGUAAUCCAGUCGGAAAUAGCUGGAGAACAACUGGCGAUAUUCGUGAUAACUGGGACAAUAUGAUGUCUAGAGCCGACUUAAAUGAAUUUUUCGCCGAAUAUGCAAGGCCUGGUGGAUGGAAUGAUCCUGAUAUGCUUGAGAUUGGAAAUGGUGGAAUGACAUUAGAUGAAUAUAGAGUCCAUUUAAGCAUCUGGGCCAUUUCAAAGGCUCCUCUUCUUAUUGGUUGCGAUGUGCGAAAUAUAUCAAAAGAUAUCAUGGAUAUCAUUGCCAAUAAAGAAGUCAUAGCUGUAAACCAAGAUAAACUUGGCAUUCAAGCUAAAAAGGUGCGAUGGGAAGGCGAUCCUACGAUUUGGGCCGGACCUCUUUCAAAAAUGAGAGUGGUUUUGCUUCUCGUUAACUCGGGUCCAUCACAACAUUCCAUCACAGCACAUUGGGACGAUAUUGGUCUUCCUCAAAACACAGUAGUAGAAGCAAGAGAUCUCUGGGAGCAUAAGACUUUGAAGCAACAUUUUGUUAAUAACUUGACAGCCACGGUCACAAGCCACGGAUGCAAGAUGUAUGUUUUGACCCCAGUACUCUAGUUUUUCUUUUUAUGCUACUCACUGGAUAAUUAAGUUACAUCACCAGGAAUUUAAUAAGAUUAUUGAAAAAAAAUUUAAUGUCUUAUUUAGGUUCAA